UUGCGAUGGAAGUUUACCGUUUUUCUCUACACUCUUUCCGCCCUCCAUGAGUUCGUUGAUGAUGAUAUUUCGCUGGGCAGCAGAAAAAGAGCCCCAACCAAACACCCCACAGCCACAAUGGGGGAGCAUUUCUUUCUAGCCGUACACCGACUGUUUCGUCGUCGACGUUGUCGACGUUUAUGUGUUGAGCCGAGCGCAAUGUUAUUAUUGUUGUUGUUGUUGUUGGGGCUCGUAUAACCAAGCUCGCUCGUAAAAAGGUAUAGCCAGCAUGCGUGUACUUGUUGUUUUGGCUUGGUAUGUAUUGUGUAUCUGUACUUUAUAUUGGAUGGUGAAUUAAAUUCGAGUGUUUUGCCAUAUCAAAAUGUGCGAAAUGAUUUCAGUCAAAUUCAGACACUCGUCGUGCUGGGAAGAGUUUUUCCCACUUUUUCCAAACAUCUUCAAUUUGUUUCCUUAAAAUCAAAAUAAAUAAAAAAAAAAAACAACAAAAAAAUACUAAACACGGAUGAGCGAAAUUGCCGCUGAUUUCUGCGAGUGUUCCUCCAAAUAACUUACCAAUACCUCUGCCUUGAACCUAUACCUUUUUACUUACCACACACGCCGCCAUAUUAGCCAUUUACCAUUUGUCAUUUGAUUUGAUUUGAUAUAUUCCGCGUGUCACGUCUCUAAGUUUAGCGUUUUUAGCUUUUAAUUGGUCAUCGAAUAGUUUGGUUAUAAUUAUUUUAGAACCUCGCUCGGAGCGAACGAACGAACGUACGAGAGCGCCAACAACGUGCUGCAAGUGCUGCGUCACGCUGAGGCACAAAACAGCCGACAUCAAAUAGAAUUAAGAAAUUAAUUGAAAGAUCACAAAGCACACAAACACACGCACGCAUUGGCACACGCACGCGAUCGGAAUGAUUGUUGUUGUUGUAGUUUAUUGCCGCGAUAAAUACCGUUGAUUAAUUGCGAUUCGAUGAGAUUUGUUUGGGUGAUGGUGGUAGCGAUUUUUGUGGUAGCGCCAAGAGAACCUUGAGAGAACCAUGACAAAUAAUGACAAAAUACAAGAACCUAGUGCGAUGUGAUACAAAGUGAACUGAAACGAACCGAAACGAAACAACUAGCGCCAUCUAUUGUUUAUACGAUCAAAGUUUAGUUAUGUCAACAGAAACACCGCCCCCACCGGCGGCGUCACGAACUUCGUCGCCCUACCAGCAGCAACAGCAGCAACAACAACAUCACAUGCAACAUCCCUCAUCAUCAUCGUCGUUAUCGUCGUCGGGAGAGAAACGAUGUUUGACUCCAUUCGCGAGUCACCAGCAGCAUUCGUCGCCACCACCGCGACCGUCUUCGGUGAUGCCUCUGCCUCUGCCUUCAUCCUCUUCACCCCAUCACAAUGUGAGUUCGCCACCCGGUGCAACAGCGACAACAACAACAUCAACAACAAACAACUACAACAAGCCACCAUCAGUAUUAUCGUCGCCAAUGAUGCCGGCUCCCCCAUCAACUCCAGAGUCUACCACUAAUUUAAGCAGCCACAACAACAACAACAAUAACAACCCCCCUCCCGCAUCGUCAUCGCCACACAGUGCGACAGCUACCCCAACCCCAACCCCACCGAACCAGCAAUUCUGUCUGCGAUGGAACAAUUACCAAACGAAUUUGACAAGCGUCUUCGAUCAACUGCUGCAGAACGAGUCGUUUGUGGAUGUGACGCUGGCCUGCGAUGGGCAAUCGAUCAAGGCGCACAAGAUGAUUCUGUCGGCGUGCAGCCCCUACUUCCAGGCGUUGUUCAUUGACAACCCCUGUCAGCACCCGAUCAUCAUAAUGCGCGACGUUAAGUGGCCCGAGUUGAAGGCGAUUGUGGAUUUUAUGUACAAGGGCGAGAUAAACGUGAGUCAAGAUCAGAUCGGUCCGCUGUUGAGGAUCGCCGAGAUGUUGAAAGUUCGCGGAUUGGCUGACGUCAAUGGGGAGAACAGUGGCAGUGGGGAGACGCAGACGACUUCGAGUGCUCCCCAGCCGCGGAGGAGUGAAGAGGCGACGACAAGUGGCAGUAGUCAGAAUGUUAAUCCGCGCGAUUCAUCUGGGUCGGCGCCGCCACCAUUCAUAGAGCCGGAGAUGGCAUCGAAAAAGCCGCGACUGUCACGUGACUGGGUUGAGCUUGAUGUGACGUUGCAACAACAACAACUUCUCCAGCAACACCACCAACAACAGCAACAACAACAGCUACAGCAGCAGCAGAGGAACGUGCGCAAGCGACGUUGGCCAUCGGGUGAGCCGUAUGGGGCGCCUAGCCCCGUUGGUGGCCAUCAAUUGACGCAUGAAAAUCGCUGCGACAUGUCAUCGCCCCUGUCAUCGUCAAACGCGACGAUUACUGCUUCUGGGACAAGCAGUGCGCCACCACCGACAUCUGUCACAUCGAAUCCGUCGCAGCAACAAGCUGUCGCACCGCCACCCCCAACACCUCCAUCAUCGACAGCAUCAUCUUCUCUACAUCAGCAACAGCAGCAACAACAACAACAACAGCACCAGCAGCAGCAGCAAUCGCUCAAUCCCCAGCAACAACAACAACAACAGCAUCAACAACAUCAGCAUCAGCAGCAUCAACAACAACAACAACAAAUUGCACACCCGUCCAACGCACUGACACCGGCAUCGGCAGCAGCGGCAUUCUCAGCACUUGGUGGCGGUGGUGGUCCGCAGAUGGAUCCAAUCGGAUUGUCUGCGGCAGCCGCGGCCGCUGCCGCCAUGGGAAUGAGUCACGUUGACGAUUUGGAAAUAAAGCCCGGAAUAGCCGAAAUGAUACGCGAAGAGGAGCGGGCGAAACUGCUGGAGAACUCACAUUCGUGGAUGGGUGCCUCAACGACGUCAAUUGCAGAUAGCUAUCAAUAUCAACUGCAAUCAAUGUGGCAAAAGUGUUGGAACACCAAUCAAAAUCUUAUGCAUCAUUUGCGGUUUCGUGAACGAGGUCCAUUGAAAUCAUGGCGACCCGAAACAAUGGCUGAAGCCAUUUUUAGUGUUUUAAAAGAAGGCCUAUCCUUGUCACAAGCCGCACGCAAAUAUGACAUUCCAUAUCCUACCUUCGUUUUGUACGCCAAUCGAGUUCACAAUAUGCUAGGACCAUCUAUAGAUGGUGGCACUGAUUUGCGACCAAAAGGUCGAGGACGUCCGCAACGAAUCCUUUUGGGCAUUUGGCCAGAUGAGCACAUUAAAGGUGUAAUCAAAACUGUGGUAUUUCGUGAUGCUAAGGAACUUAAGGACGAAGGUCUGCAUUUGCAUUAUGGACGUCAUUCUCCUGUGUUUCCGUUUCAAGACAACGCCCUCAACUACCCAGGAGCUCCGGGUUGUCCCAAUGGUCUCCCAUCGGGUCCUGUUGGUCCAUCUGUAGCAGACUCAAUGUCUCAAGAAGCCACAGCAGCGGCUGUAGCGGGUGUGGCUCAUGCACUCCGUCAGCAAAUGCAAAUGGCAGCUGCAGUUCAACAACAGCAACAACAACAUCAACACCAUCCACAUCACCAGCAACAACAUCCACACCAACAACCAUCACAUCAACACCAUCACCCGGACACAGCUUCCAAUAUUUUUAAUCUACCUGCUCAUAUGUCGCCACAUGGCGGUGCCAGCGGGAUUCCAUUACCAAAGCAAAGUUCCCCCAUUUCAAGUGGACCUGGGCAGAACCCCAUGCAAAGGCAUACAUCACCAUCUGCAUCCAACAUGCCAGGUCUUCCUAAUCUUAGUUUAGCCAAUAUUCCCGGUCUGCAUAUGGUUCCGGGCAUAGGAUCGAAUAUGAGUUCAUCAGGAGGUCCACCUUCGUCAUCCACGUCCUCUGUACACCGGGGAGAAGGUCCCUCGCAAUCAAGCCACCAGUCCAAUAUCUCACCUGUCCAUAAUUUGUUCAGCAGCAGCAGUAGUUCGGUGCAUAAUCCACAACAUGCGGUAGCUCCACCGUCCAGUAGUAGUAAUCCGCGACUCCAUCCGACCUCACCCUCGGACUCAGCGCAUGAUCUCCGUAUGAAUAGUCCCGACGAGAGUCUACUCAGCUCUCCUUUGCAGAUGUCACUUGAACCGGCUGUCAAUUUGGCAGUUGGUGUCAGUGGAAUGGCCUACAAACCAUCUCGGGGCUACUCCUCACCUCGUCCAGAGCAUCUUUUUCAGGAAGAUAUUGCAGAGCUUGUCGGUUCUGCCAGUGAUAGAUCCUCAGCAUGUCCUUCGAACUUGAAUAGCUAUAAGGAUACACCGGCAAACAUUAAACUAGAACCAAUCUCAGAAUGCCGGAGUGAAUAAAAAAUGGGUUCCAACCUAAAAAUUUUAGUCUAAGUGUAUUUGUAAAACUUCUUGUUUUUUUUCCUACAGUAAAAUAAA